AUGAGUGUAUCUCGGACGUCAGCAGAGCCAGGGAAGUCUCUUACUCAGUCAUCGAGUGAGACUGGUUAUGGCCGAGGAAAGACGGUCACAUCAGCAUGCGAAAGAUGUCGAAGGAGAAAAAUUCGUUGUGAUGGAGAGACGCCAUGUGCUACUUGUCGGCGGUUUCGGAUCAACUGCGUGCGAAUACAGAAGAACGAUACUCAAGCCUUAGAACAACGCGUCCGCCAGCUCGAGGCGCAAAUCGCUGAAUUCACAGGUGGCAUAUCGAGCACGCAGGGUCAAGAGGCAAGUAAACAUUCGACACAGACAUGGCCGAAUAUUCCCGUAGCUACCGACUUCGGCUCUCCGGGACCGGCCAUAUCCAUUGACGAGCUCGGCCAAAUCCAACCUCCGACAUUAUCGCACUUGGAGAUACCGAGUAUUCAAGUCGUCGAUUACGCAGAUACCCUCUCGCCUGUAUCUCCAGUGUCGCCGGUGUCGCUGUCCCAAUCGCCAUUACUUCGCCCGCUUGCUCCUCCUCAGUCGACUCCGUUAGACAGUGUGGACAGUCUCCGGCCUCCUGUCACUGUAGCGAUCUCGCCUCCGAUGGCUGCAUGCCCAUCACCGAACCAAAAUAUUAUGCCCUAUUUGUCCCCAAGAAGCCUGCCUGGACCGUCAAGAUCGCGCAGCUCCUCGAUUUCGUCGCUCGGCCUCGACGCGGAUUGGACGUCUGCACCGGGUGAUAUCUCCGGAAUGGUUCUCGAGAGUGACAUUGACCCGAGCAUUUUCGAUCUGUCACCAGUCUCGCCUAGCGUGGAGACUUCCUGGACACCAAGCAAGUUCGAAGCCGAGAUGCUGCUGGAUAAAUUUUUCGACCGCGUUCAGAGCUCACCACAAAAUCUCGCACCCUAUCCCUUGAAUCGUGGCCAAUUGUUCGAGUUUCUUGACAUUUGCUUGUUCGGUGUCAAUGGCUCGCUUCCAUGUAUUCAUGGCGAUGGCGGUUGGAUUAAGAAUGCAGGCGGAGGGAAGAAGCACGACAAUGCACAUGUUGCAGAGCUGCUACCGGCUGGCGAUGAAGGAGACGCAUUCGCCGUCUUUUUGGAAACAAGCGUACUCGUUAGAAGCUGGGAUACUGGUCAUGCUAUUCUCGCAGGUCAGCAGCCAGAGUUUGGCGGGAAUAUAGGGCCAAGCCAAGUAGACACGACGAAAUGA